UGGUCGCGCGGACCGUCAGCCACGUCACCGACAAGCGGCGCGAGCGCACAGUCCAGCGUAGACCAUCAGAGGGUUGCAGUAAAUUAUCAAGGAUACUAUUAGGGAUAUCUACUAAAAUUCAUAAGAGGUUUACGCUAAAAACUGGGCGACGGGCACGCGCUAAGCAGCAGAAAGAAAGAGUCUUUUAUUUCUGCAGGACGAGCAUCUGAUCUGAGAACAGCUGCAAAACUCUUUAAAUCCAGCGCUGAUUACUGAUCGAUAACAUGAAUAUUUUCCGACUGUCUGGAGAUAUUUGUCAUCUGGUCGCCAUCAUUAUUCUGUUCCUGAAGAUCUGGAGAUCAAAAUCAUGCGCAGGUAUUUCUGGGAAGUCUCAGGUGCUGUUUGCACUGGUCUUCACCACCAGAUAUCUGGACCUGUUCACAUCCUUCAUCUCCAUCUACAACACUGUCAUGAAGGUGGUUUAUCUGGUCCUGGCGUAUGCCACCGUCAGUCUCAUCUACCUCCGCUUCAGGAAAACGUAUGACUCUGAGAGCGACUCGUUCCGUGUGGAGUUCUUGCUGGUGCCGGUGGCUGGUCUGUCGUUCCUGGAGAACUACGCCUUCACGCCGCUGGAGAUUCUGUGGACGUUUUCCAUCUAUCUGGAGUCGGUGGCCAUCUUGCCGCAGCUCUUCAUGAUCACUAAGACGGGCGAGGCCGAAUCCAUCACCACACACUACCUGUUCUUCCUGGGCCUGUAUCGCAUGCUAUACCUCGGUAACUGGGUGUGGCGCUAUCAUGUAGAGGGAUUCUUCGACCAGAUUGCCGUGGUGUCAGGCGUCGUCCAAACCAUCUUCUAUUGUGAUUUCUUCUAUUUGUACUUCACCAGAGUGCUGAGAGGAAGUGGAAAGAUGUCUUUGCCAAUGCCGGUGUGAGUUGUUGGAUCAGGCCCCGCCCCCCAUUAGGCCACAUCCAGUCAUGACAUCAUCACCGGCCACCACUGUAGCUCUUGUGGUUGAGCUGCAUGUGUGGCUGGUGUAAUCGUGCCUUACAGUGAUCAGAUCUGCUGGACGUGUUUCGUCUUUGAUGCCUUAAUGUGUUUCUCUUCAUAAAGACAAUGUGCCGAGGGUGUGUGUGUGUGUGUGUGUGUUUUAUAUAUAUGUGUGUGUGUGUGUCUGUGUGUAUGUGAGAAACACUCCACAUUCUGUAGUUCAUAGUUUGCUUUUCUUGUUUAUUCUCAUAGUCUUUUUUUUUUCCCUGUAGUACACAAUUUUGUUGUUUAUGACCAACUACAAAUUGUUUUUUAUUCUGUAAAGGGACGUUUGUUUUGGGAUCUUUGAGUGUUUUUGUGCCAAUAUACCCGUGAAGAUCAUGAAUGAUUGUAUGAACCACAUUUCAGUCUGAGAAAGACAUUAGCAGAUGUCUGGCAAUAGCAUAAUGAUUUUUAAUGAGCUUAUAUGAAGAUGGACAGUUUUAUCUGCCCUGGUUUUUAUAAGGCAUGUCAAUAAAGAGUUUUCAUCUCUGUGGA